AUGGAACCAAGUGGCCCAGUGGCUCUGUCACCUCUGGGUGGGAGUGAUGAUCUUGUAGCCAGUAAUAGACCAAUAGAUGGUCAGUUAGCAGGUUCAGCUGGGGCGGAUGUCAGUGGAUCCAGCCAUGGGAGGAUUGGGGCAGGCACUAUCAGCUGUUCUACUUUGGUCAGCAGCAUGUCCUUAAAUGACAACAAGGCUGGCAUGGAAGGUCUGGACAAAGAGAGAAUCAACAAGAUCAUUUAUGAAGCAUCAAAAGGAUCCAAGUUCUAUGAGAAUGAGAGAAGAAAGGAAGCAACGCUGAACUUGAGGAUCCAGCAACAACAGUCUUUAGCUGCCAGUAUCACUGCUGCUCAGCUACAGUUCGGAUUUCGUCAGGCUGACCAGCUGUUGAGGGACCUGGAGGACAGGAGAGAUUUGUCCCACACCAUUGUUCAUGUGGAUAUGGAUGCCUUUUAUGCAGCUGUAGAGAUGCGAGAUGAUCCAAGCUUGAGGGAUAAACCCAUGGCAGUAGGCAGCAUGAGUAUGCUGAGCACGUCUAAUUACUUAGCUCGGCGGUUUGGCAUCAGGGCAGCCAUGCCAGGUUUUAUUGCACGUAAGCUUUGUCCAGAACUGGUCAUUGUCCCUUUGAACUUUGACAAGUACAUUGCAGUCAGCGAGACAGUCAAAGAGAUCCUGGCAUUGUAUGAUCCAAACUUUUCAGCCAUGAGCUUGGACGAGGCAUAUCUAGAUUUGACUGAACAUUUGCGGGAAAGAAUUCAGGCUCCAGUUUCAAGCAGGAUGUUUCUUUUGCGGACCAAGGAUUGCAGCACAGCAUGUAGGUGUGAUCUCAACAUGGUGCUGAGGCCUCUCCUGUUGCAGGAAGUAGACCUGUCGCAGAUGCAGGCUGCAGAAAGUGAAAUAGAUGUGAACCAGUUGUUUUCUCACUGUAUUGAAACUGAGCAUUUGAAAACAUGUUCAGUUUGUGGGAGGCCGUUUCCUUCGUUCACACUGAAAGUUUAUGGAGUCAGCGCAAAAGAUGCUGUGCUAGAGAUGCGAAACAGAAUUGAACAGAGGACACAUCUUACUGCCAGUGCAGGCAUUGCAGCAAACACCAUGCUGGCCAAGAUUUGUUCUGACAAGAACAAGCCAAACGGGCAGUUCCAGAUAGAACCAAUCAGAGAACAUGUGCAGCAGUUCAUCUCAGCUCUUCCUGUGCGAAAAAUUCCAGGUAUUGGAAAGGUCACGGAGAAACUUCUAGAAGCCCUAGGUGUGAUCACCUGCCAAGAUUUACACACACAGAGGGCAGUGCUUUACCGUGUGUUUUCACCCACAUCCUUCCAUCACUUCAUGAACAUUGCCUUGGGGAUUGGAUCUUCAGUCAUAGAAAGAGAUGCUGAGAGGAAAAGCAUCAGCACCGAACAUACUUUUGGAGAGCUUGCACAGCCAAAGGACUUGUUGAACAAGUGUCAGGAGUUGUGCCAGCUUCUGUCUAGGGACCUGAAGAAAGACAGAUUUGUGGGAAAGACUGUAACACUGAAGAUCAAAACUGUCAGCUUUGAGGUCAAGACUCGAGCUCACACUCUUAGCCACUAUUCCAGUGAUGAGAAAGCUAUCUUUACCGCAGCCAGGCAUCUGUUGGAGAUAGAGAUAGAAAAUGUGCAACCUGAAUGCCUUUGCUUGAGGCUGAUGGGUGUCAGGAUGUCCAAGCUGGUCUCUGAAACAAACUGCUCCUCAUCUGUUGCCAGCUUUUUUGAGAAGCAAAGAAGAAAUAAUUCCACUGGGAAAAAUGUUGCUUGUUUAUCUGGCAAGGACACUGAAGAUGAGAGCAGAGAUGUGACUGCUGCUGCCAGCUAUUUGUCUUCCUCUGUGGCAGCACUCAGAGACAGCUGUUUCCCGCAGCAGGACUACGGUGGUGAUGAUGAUGAUGACACAGAUUUCCAGGAGUGUAUUGACAAUAUAAAAGUUGCAGAAAUGCCACAUGAAAACAGGGCCAGAACAGGUAGCAAGGCAGUUAACAACAGGGCAACACAGCCUCAUCAACUGAGUCAUGACAUGGAGAAACAAGACACAAUUGUGCACUUUCUGUGUAGCAAACUAAAUUGUCCAAGGCUAGGAGAAAGUAAUUGUACUUGUGAUCAGUGCAUGGUAAGAAGAUCACACGCCACUGGUUCCCUCGGAGAUAUCAACAGUGAAAAUACAGCACCUUCAGGGAACAGCAGUGUUUGUCAGGCCUCUGUGAUAGUCUGCAGUGUUAGCAGGCCAUCCGUAGACAUUGACAGUGUUAACAAAACAUCUAAGGGAUGUGUAAACAGUACAUUAAAUUUAACCCAAACUGUUAGCAAGUCAUCUUUGAGUGGUGUUUCAGAUUUAAAUGCAGCAUUGAGGUGUUCAGAUUUGUCAGCUGUGAGAUCUCAAAUAUCAUCAGCGAACAGUUCUGGUCAGCACAACCAGCUGCCUGCAUCAUCAUCAUCAUGUCCCGGUGGAGGACAGCGGUCCCAGGCGCUAGGUAGUCAGACACCAGAGUCAUCACAUUCAAGUGGCAUGAUACAUUGUCCAGUUUGUGGUCAGCAGAAAUAUCAGUGGCCACUGGACCAGCUCAAUGUCCAUAUAGACUUGUGUUUGAGUAGGUCUACUGUCCGAGAGAUUCUCACAGACCAGCAAGAGGAUCAGCAGGGACCAGUUCCACGCAAGCGAACAGCCCAAGUGACAAAGUCUGAUAAACGCGUCAAGACUCAGCAUACUUUGUUGUCCUUCUUCAAGCCUUGA